CACGUGUCACUCAUACGAGGCCUGUGAUGUCAUCACUGAUGGUUCAUGUACAUGUAUCAAUGCCCUUCCAGCCGACGGACAGUUCUGCCAAGUACUACCUUCUAAAUACGUGAUUGACAUUGAUGUGAGAUUCUUUGACUUGUUCCUGGUGGACUACUUACGGAAUAUCGUCAGAAAUAUCAGCCUGCCUUUGACUCUGAGAAACAGCAUUAAUAUCACAGAUAUCGACAUGACUACUGUGUGUGGGUUAAAUGGAACAGAAUAUGAGUGCAAGUGUGAGGAGAAUCAUGUUUGGCCCAAUGACACCUGCAGGGCCUAUCAGGUGUGUGAUGGCAUUGUGGGAGGCACUUGUGGAUGUAUUCAAGCUCUCCCUUCAGAGGGUUCACUUUGCCAAAGAGACAUCAAUGAAUGUAAAGAUGCAGUGUCCGUGUGUGGUCAAUACUCAGAUUGUAUUAAUAUCAUUGGGAGUCACAUGUGUUCAUGCUGGAGUGGAUUUAAUACCUCCAAUAAAGACAGUCCUGUGAGCCGCAACAACUCAUGUCAGGAUAUAAAUGAAUGUCUGUUCAGUCCAUCUGUAUGUGGUCCAAAUUCCAUCUGCACAAAUCAGCUGGGAAGUUACAAUUGUUCAUGUCUGGAUGGAUUCACUGCAACAGUUUCAAGUUUCCCCGUCAGCAUCAAUAACAUAUGCACAGAUGUGCAUGAAUGUCUUAAUACAUUGGAGGUCUGUGGUCCAAACUCUCGUUGCAUCAACUCAAUGGGGGGUUACAACUGUUCUUGCUUGACUGGUUUUACAGUAACAAAUAGGAGUCGACCAGUCAGCACCAGUAACCCAUGCAAUGUGACUCUACCUUUGACUGAGUAUCUGAUUGAAAUUCAGAUCAAUAGCAUGGACAGCAGCAUCACUGAUCGGCUGAGGAACCUCCUGAUGUUUUUCAGGUCGCCCUACACAAUCAGCGACAGCACUAACAUUACAGAAAUCAACAUAACUACUGUGUGUUCUCUGAAUGAAACACAGUAUCAGUGUAAAUGUGAGGGUCUGUUUGUUUGGCCGAAUGACACGUGCCACUCAUACGAGGCCUGUGAUGACAUCACUGAUGGUUCAUGUACAUGUAUCAAUGCCCUUCCAGCCGACGGACAGUUCUGCCAAGGUUUUACAGACUGA